AUGCAGUCGCUAUUACUCAGUAUUCUAUCAUUUUCGACGGUUCAGGCAUAUUAUAUUGGUGAAGUAUAUACAGGACAGCGAAAAGAGGUUUUUGAUCGAGGGUGGGAACCGGAUUGGAGGGAUGAUUCGUAUAUAAACGCGUGUACCUCGACGCAAAAGAGCAUCUCGGGAGAACAUGAACAUCUUCAAGGUAUUGGUAUCAUUAAUGGUGCCGGAGGCCCAGGUUUCCCAAUUGCAAAUCCCAGAUACGGCGGUACUGUACCAUCCGGUCACAAUGCAGCAGCUAUGAUAUUCUACAAAACGGCCAACUGUGAAACUGUGGGGACAAAUCAAUUCAUUGUUCUGAAAUUUAGACAACUUGUUAACGGGGGAAAAAAUAUGGGCUAUGCCCUUUACCGUGGUGUAUCGACUAUAGAUCUAAACUUCCUCGAUGGUAUCGAUCUAGGGGAAUACUGGUCGUUUCAAGAGGUUGGGCCGAAUUCCGAGGAUUGGAUAUGGGUCGUUGAAUCUGGAGUUCCCGAAGUCGAAGGUGAAGCUAUAGUGUGGAGGUCAACUCCGGACGGAACAUCUUUUGAAAUAGCUCAACGUUUGGAGAUUAGAUCUCCUAACCCGGCAACAGCUAGCGGGCUCGCACUGAGCCUGGCAAGAAACGAUAUUGAACCAGUUGCUAGCAAUUUGAGAGUUGCGUUACAGGCUAUUGCAGAAAUGAGAUUUGAAGCUAGGCCGGUGCAUCGGCGUGGUGGUAACGUUGUUAGAAUUCCGUUGAGCAGUAUUUUGAGGGACUACCCUUUGAUCCCGGGCCCAAACGCGAAUGCUAAUGAGAAUUUGAAUACUGGGGCUCAAAUGGAAGAUGGUGGUACCGGUGGGCUUGCAAAUGUACGCCCGGUACAGAUUCCGCCGGGCAGGACUUUCAAUAUCAGGUCCGGUAUGGGUGUAGGGCAAGGCCCAAUCCCGUUUCGUGUCCCCCCGACGGGAUCAAAUACGAACCUUAGGAAUCUGGACUUUACAAACGACGAUGGUACUCGCAUUCAGACCGAAAACCCUGGGACGGGUACUGAAGAAAAUAUUGCGGGCACACAGAUAGAGCCUGAGGCGUCCGCACAAUUAUCCAAUAACCAAGGGGAAUACUUUGAAGCAGCACUUGAGACCGAAGAAGAAAUUCCAGAUGUAGGAAAUCAGAGAACUGGGAGCACCGGUCCAGGAGCGAAUCGCCCAUUUAUAAUAGAACGACAGCAGCCUCGAGGGCCGAUACCUAUCCAGCCACGGCCUAGCCAAGGACAGACUGGGAACCAACCUCAGACACGGCCACCGUACUAUGAAAUGAUGCAACCGAUGUCCCAGGGACCAGGAAACCUGCGAGGGCAGCCUAUAAACUCGCAGAAUAUGGUUUCUGGGGGCUCUCGAGGUGUUACCAUUGGGGCUGCAUAUCCCCAGAACGCCUUUUCCCAACCUCCUCGGAAUCGCCCUGAGCAGGGUUCUCAGAAUAUCAAUAACAAUAACCAAAAUUCAGCCCAAUUUUUCCCUAUAAACCCCGGGCAGGCCAUCCUCCUCAAUAACUUGAACCAGCAGACGCAAAAUACUCAAAGUAUGAUUCCUGGAAGUAAUCAAAACCCGUCGUCACAGAUAACAGCCCCGGAGACCCAAGCUAUGAUCCCAGAGACCGAACAAACUGAAAAUUUACCACUUCAAUCCUCCCAGACAAACCCGGAGGUGUACAAUGGUCCUCCCAUUAACGCCGUAAAUUUCAAUUUCAGAUCAUUCAAUGUCCCGGAAAGAGCCGCGCCAGGUGCUUUUCGUAGCUUAUACGGCGAUAUACCAGUGCGGAACGGACCAACUAAUAACCGAGAAAACCCCCAGAGGGUUCUAACAGAAGGGAUGGUCGGAGGCACCAUUCCUGCUAGGAUUCUUGAAAACAAUCCGAAUUCUAAUUCCCAGUCAUCAGAGCGAAGGGGGACCGGUAGAUCAUCUGGAACAAGGUCGGGACUGGAAUAUCCAUACCCAUACACAGAUUUGAGUCGAGAAGAGCCCUAUCAGCCAUUUGUCCCACCAAAGAGAGGGGAUGAAAAAUAUCAGUGGCAAGUCACACCUGGAACUAAAGAUAUAUAUACGCCAUACGAAGGUUGGCUUAACGAGGGCGAGGUGGAGGAACGUGCCCAUUUCCCAGAAUUGUUCGAAAAUCCAGCGAUGGAACUCGAAGCAGAUAUUAGGGAACAGGAAUUGGCAGAGAAUGAAGUACCACCUGGUCCUACUGAUGAAUCACGUCCGAUGGGCCGCUCAAGCCGCGAAGAGAUGUACGAUCAGUGGCGGCGGUAUGGUACACCCAUUCUAGGAAACUUACGGACUCUCCCUAUCGACAAGCAUGACCCGAAUUGGAAUGCUAUCGGGAAUACUUAUGAAUCAAUGCGGGCCGAUAUUGAUACUACGUGGUUUAACUACUAUCAAGAAAAGACGGAUUCACUGGCGGAACUGUACAAAAAGGCUCAAGCCGAAGUACAAAGGCGGUACACUCGAGGAGAGAAAGAAGCGCUCGAGACUGUUGGAAAACUAACAGCGGCGGAAGCCAAAACUAAAGUACCCGGGCUUCCACUGAAGCAGCAAUUCGAUCUUAACCGAGAAAUUCAGUCACUGAAAUCAGGCUUAGAAAGGCUGAACAAGGGGCUUGAGAAUCUAAGGCAGCUUUGGGAGAUGAAUAAAUAUAAGAUGGGAACGUGGAAUCGGUCUUACCACAGGCAGAUCGACGAUUUAGACCUUAGAUUCAAGCUGUGGAGGACUUUGGCGGAAGCAAAUAUCGCACGGAAUUCGCUGAGGUUACUGCACAUUGAAGAUGACCCAGAAUUUGGAACCUUUCCAGGGGAGGUUCCACGGAGCCUGGAUGCGAAUUUCGGCGAUUCUGAGGCCCAGUUAACCAGCAAAUUCCCAUACCGCAGGUAUCAUACAGCUUGA